ACGAAAUUCGUCUCAUCCGGUAAACCUGAGCGUACUUCACCAAGUACGCUGAUCUGCAUGCAGCUAGAACCCAGGCAUUAAUUUUUGUGGGUCUUCACGUUUCGGUGAUCAUUAUUAGCCUUUCCAACAUCUGAACAGUUUUUUCGUAUUAGAAAAUGGCCAAGCGAACGAAGAAAGUUGGGAUCACCGGAAAAUACGGUACCCGUUAUGGUGCAUCCUUACGGAAAACUGUCAAAAAGAUCGAAAUCCAACAGCACAACAAGUAUACCUGUCUUUUCUGUGGAAAGGAUGCGAUGAGGAGGACCUGUGUUGGAAUAUGGCAGUGUAAACGAUGCAGGAAGACCGUGGCGGGAGGAGCAUACAGUUAUACGACCACCGCUGCCGCUACUGUGCGAUCCACCAUCAGACGUCUCCGCGACUUGAAAGAAAUAUAAUUCCGUUUUCGUUUCUUCUUAUCUGUGUCGCUUAAUUAUCUGACGUGCUCGAAUAAAAAACGAAUAAAGAUUAAAGACCGUA